GGCAAGCACCAGGAGUCGACCGCGCAGGGGCAGACAUCCAUCCCAAAUCUGAUACGAAGAGUCAAGUGAGUGAGACUUGAAAACACUCCGAACACCAUCUCUGACUCUCAUCUAUUUUGCUCCAUCUACAACCCUACACACUUCGAGGGAGCUUUCGACAGAUGUCGCUAUGAUUAUUUGCUAGAUCUAUGCAAACACCUCUGCUGCAGCAAUCAGCGAUGCAGGCGCCGCCAACCUCACAACGAUCGAUUCAACGACGGUCUCCUGCCGCAGACCCAGGACCUCCUCCGAACGUGCCAGCUCGAUCUAUGUCUCCAGGGCCUGGUGCUCAGCCGCGGACGUCCUCUGCCUCUGGGAAAUCGAUAUCAAACGGAAGUAGGAGACAGAAUGCUGCUCCAUCACCUCAAACUAGUCAAAAUGCUCCUCCUCUGUCCCAAAUCGAAAAGAGCGUCACUCAUCUCCUAGUAGCUACAAAACAGCUUCUCGAAACCCUCACACAAUGGUCUCGCCACCAAGCAACCGACGCGCAAGUCUCAGAUGUCUAUGUGCGCCUAGGUUACGAGUUUAAUAUAGCCUGCAGAGCUUUUACUGCUAUUAAUGUCGAUACCUCAGAUCUGGGAAAUGUCCCUGAGCUUCUGCGCCAUAUACUGGAAUCCACACUCAGCCAAGAGGCCAGCGUGGAGAGCUUGGAGAAGUACCUACCGAGGAUACGGGACAUUAUUAUAAAUUUACUCCACGGGCUGAAACGGAAACAGCAGAAAUUGCGGCAGAAGCAGGCUAGGGAAAGCACGAGUACAAAUGGCGAUGCUUCUGUGCCCAGAGCCAGCAGUAUCAGCAGCGUGGGAAGCGCCAAUACUGGGCUCACGACGCUCCUGGACCAGGGAAUACAGAAUAACUUCCGAAGAGAAGAUGGGGCCCCAGACAAUAGGGACAGUAUGAGCCAAAUUGAGGCCUCGGUCCCUCCAAGAAUGUCUUCUGCAUCUUCAAGCAGGAGAGUUGUUCCCGAACGAGAUCAAUCCAGAGCGUCUAUUUCCUCCUCGAGUCAGUCUUCACUUUCCAGUACAACAAUGCAGAAUAUGCCAGUGCUCCCACCUUAUCCAGCGGAGGGACAAGGGACUCAGCAGCCAUCUGGGCCAGAAGAACUCAGUGUUGACAAUUUUCCACCACCACCUCCGCCACCGAAACAACAGAAUGCUCUUGCAGCCCUACAGCGAGGUGGGGAUCUUGAGAGGAGAGCGUCGAGGCGAUAUUCUGCGUACCAGAUUUCAAAACACCUGGGAGCGUCUCCCAAUGGUGUACCUAUGCUUCCACCUCCUCAGAACUCGCCUAUACCAAACAGAGGACGAAAUGAUGCUCGGGAGUCAAUGCGAGCUGUUCAAAAUAGAGGAGAUCAGAGGCAUGUUCGACAACAGUCAAACCGUCUAAAUGUGGAUGUUUCACCAGCUCGAGUUCCAAGCAGGAUAUCAGAGGAGCCUUCGCCAGGCCCUCCUGUAUUACCACAACCAGCGGAUGCUGCUGCAGAUGAUAGCCCGCUUGUCAAAACUCCAGAUGACAAGAAAAGGCAACCGAUAGAGUUUGAUGCGCCGAGCGCAACUUUACAAGGCCCACCUUCCGAUUCUCUUAUGACACUGCCUAUACAACAUCCAGACGAAAUCAAAUCGCAACGUCCAGAUACACCUCAAGAUCAAAGGCCUGUAGCUGCUGCACAACAAACACCGCCACGCUCGUCUCAGGACCGAAAUUUUACUCCCGACCUGUCUCCACCGCCUGGUAAGGAAUUGACUGUAUUUUUGCAAUACAAGACCAAAGUCAAGAAAUUUGUGUUUGCGGAUGGAUACAAUGAUUUGUCAAUGGCGAGAUUACAACUCGCUUUUAUCGAGAAGUUCGCCUGGAACACUCAUAAUAAUGGCGUCGAUUUGCCUGAGAUAUAUAUUCAGGACCCAGUGUCAGGCGUUCGUCACGAACUCGAAGAUCUCGCUGAUAUCAAGGAUCGGUCGGUAUUGGUACUUAAUAUUGAGGUACUGGACGAAGUCAAGCGCCAUAUUGACGAGGGUCUUGGGGGGAUUAGGAAAAUGGUCGAAGGCGUCAAAAUUGCAGUUGAUGACCAACAAGCCACCAUCCAACGUGUCUCAGAUCGCCAACAAGAUGCAGCAAAGGAGAUGGCUAAAUUAGCAAGCGUACCUCCUACGUCAUCAAGAGUAUCGUACAUUGACAAUCAAAAGUCAAAUGCGCCACUUAUCAGCCCGUCGAAAUUCAAGACCGCAGACCAGAUCAACGAACUUCAUGGCAUACGCCGAGAUCUCGCCGUCAUUCGACAGGUGUACUCCGAAUUCCAAUCCGACGUUCAGAACUCCAUGUCUCUCAUUCGUCAAAAGGCUUCUUCUGUCAAGACUGUGGCUGCAAAGACUGCUAUUCCAGACAUGAAAGGCGAUUCAGGCCGAGCAUACGUCAACUCUGGCAAGAAAAAUCUCAACGAAGAUUCAGACAAACUGGUUGGCCAAGUCGACGACCUGCAAGAUAUCGUUGAGGACCUUCGAAAGGACGUCGUCCUUCGCGGUGUUCGUCCUCUUCCGCGACAACUUGAAACUGUCGCCAAAGACAUAUCACAGGCCACCAUGGAGCUCAAGAAGAUGCAAGAUUUCUUGAAGCGUGAGCGACCUGUAUGGACUAAGAUCUGGGAGAAGGAGCUCGAGACUGUCUGCAAUGACAGGGAGGAGCUCACUAUGCAAGAAGAUCUUGCUGCGGAUCUUCAAGACGAUCUCGAGAAAGCCGCUCAAACUUUUGCUCUGGUUGAGCAAGCGACUAAGGAGCAGAUGAAGGAUAUCCCCGGGUCUUCAAACGCAGCCCGUGUACUCUCUCGAGGACUGAACCACGUCAUUGCAGCCGAUCCAUCCGUAGCGAAAGAAGGCGUUCUGGGUGAAGUCCGAGCAUUACAACCCAACCACGAGAAUCGACUCGAAGCCAUUGAGCGUGCUGAGAAGUUACGCCAGAAAGAACUCGAGAGUCGACGUGGUGGCGAGUUCCAGAAAGAACUAGGCUCGUUUGUGGAAGAGGGCAAGCUAAAGAAAGCUGGUGGCUUUGAAGAGGUCGAGAGAGCGAGGAAGCUCAAGGAUGAGCGGAUACGGAAAGAAGUUUGGGAAAGGCAGAAUGGCAUGACACAAGCUGAUGCCAUUGCUGCUGAGCCCGCCGAAGAAGCCGCGCCAGAAGAUGGCGACGGGGAAGAAGAGAAGAAGGCAGACGAUGAAGCACCGUCUGAUAUUUGAGCUCAGAAGGGACCGUAACCUCUUUAACAACGCCGAUGCUUCGCUGCUUGACGGCUCUGACGUUGGCGGACCUACUAUUUCUUCAUAAUUGCUCUUUGCUGCUACCAAGCGAGCGAUGAUACAUAUGUUUCACGAGUUACCACUUCAUAAGCAACUGGGAUGUCCAAUUUUGCCUUCCCCGUUUUCCGGCCUCGAUUCCGAGUCUCAGCAUGGCGUUUUUUCCGGACCGAUCGAUCAGUCAGGGUGCAUUUCUGUCUCUCCAUUUCUGUUUCUUACAGCAGGUAGGGUAUCUUACCCUGCCUUGCCUUUUCUCGUUUUGCUUCACGUACACACAUACUAUUUGUAAGAUAUGGAUAUGGAUAUGAAUGGGAGGCAGAUGGAUGAAUGAAUCUAUUAGGCGAGGCGAGGCGAGGCGAGGUGAGGUAGGGUAGGAGAAAGGGGAUGGUCUAAGGGGGAAGUAAAUGUCGAUUCAAGAGCUGUAGGAUGGACAGGGAUGGGAUGGUAUGGUACGAUUCAGAUGAGGAGCCAUUGCGAUGGGGUUCUUGUUUAUUUACAUCUAACAUAUGCAUAAGCAUGAAGCGAGUGUGGAGGAUGGGUUAUACAUACCUACAUGCGUGCAUGUAUGCCUGUCCGACUUUUGCUUCUACGUACACUACCUAGGGACUACGCUACUUCUUGAUGGUAGAUUGAUAAGUAGAUAGUGCAGUGUGGUGCGGUGUCGUGUGGUGCGAUGUGUCGUUUAACCUUUUUCCUGGUGGUUGUCGUGUGAUGAGGAUGAGAAUGGGAAUUGAAAGCUUGAAAUCGUUGGGACACUAUGUUCUAGACAUGUUGCGUGACUUUAACUUUGUGCUUUGUGAUUAUUUUUUGUGUUUGUGUUUCGUGAUGUCCAUUUGCAAUUAGGAGGAUGUGUGAUCAGAACUACAAUAACUACUUCCGCACUGAAUUGAGGGUUGAUGGGUAGGUGGUAGGAAUAUGGGCAUGUGGGCAUGGACUAUUUUCCAACUCGGUUGAGGUAAUGUACCUUUUACAUGUCAACUCAUGACAUGCAUUGACCACGAGACUGAAAUAUUACGAAUAGAGGGUUUUAGAUAGGCCAGUGUCUCUGGCAGCGUUCACAUUGAAUUCACGAAGAAAGGAUGCUAUGCCUAAAAGAA